AUGGAAUUACAUAUUCCUCCAAUACCUUAAGAAAGAUUAGUAGGAGACAAAAAUCUAAUUAAAAAAAUAGUAUGUCCUCUUUGCACUUGCAUAUUUAAAUAACCUCUAAUGUGUAACAAAUGUAUGAAUAUGUGGUGCCUUUCUUGUUUAAAAGAUGAUUAUUUUGUUGAGCAAUCUUGCCCUAGGAAAUGCGAAAACGUUUAACUUUUGCAAAGCCCACCUCUAUUAAAUGAUAUUUUAAGCUUGAUAAAUAUUUAAUGUAUCAAUAAAUUAUGUCCAGAAGUAAAAACAGUCGAAGAGUAUUCAUAGCACUAUCUAGACUGUCCCUUUAGAUUAGUUUUAUGUCCUGUUGAUGAAUGUAUGAAAGAAAUGACAAAUAAAGAAUUUAUUUAGCACUAAACUUAGUGCCCAACGAGAGAAAUUUUAUUAAAACAAUACCAAAAGCUCAAUAAGCAAUCAGAAUCUAUUGAAAGAAAAAUAAAAGAAAAAGAAUCUGAGUUAGUUGCAUUUGAAACUCAGAAUAAGAUGCUAAUGACAGAAAUCUAAGAUAAAGAAAGAUCAAUAAAUAAUUUAUUACAAGUUCACUCUUCUCAUACAUGA